CGGCCGCGGCGGCGGCGGGAGGGCGCAGCGGGGGCCGCCGCGGCCGCAGCAUCGCGGCGCGGUGGCAGGGAUGGAGCCCUGGAAGCAGUGCGGGCAGUGGCUGAUCAGCUGCAAGGUGCUGCCGCCCAACCACCGGGUGACCUGGGAGACGGCCCAGGUCUUCGACCUGGCGCAGACGCUGCGCGACGGCGUCCUGCUCUGCCAGCUCCUCAACAACCUCCGCAGCCAUUCCAUCAACCUCAAGGAGAUCAACCUGCGCCCGCAGAUGUCCCAGUUUCUUUGCUUGAAGAAUAUAAGGACUUUUCUUUCGGCAUGUUGUGAAAUAUUUGGGAUGAAGAAAAGUGAACUUUUUGAAGCAUUUGAUUUGUUUGAUGUGAGAGAUUUUGGAAAGGUGAUAGAAACACUUUCAAAACUUUCUCGCACUCCUAUUGCAUUAGGCACAGGAAUAAGGCCCUUCCCUACAGAAGAAAGCGUUGAUGAUGAAGAUGUCUACAAAGGUCUUCCUGAUUUAAUAGAUGAAACUGGUGUUGAUGAAGAUGAGGAGUUGUAUGAUUGCGUCUAUGGAGAAGAUGAAGGUGGGGAGGUUUAUGAAGACCUGAUGAAAGAUGAAGCAGCACAGCAACCUAAAUAUACUGAAAAUGACAUAAGAAGCUGUUGUCUUGCUGAAAUAAAGCAAACUGAAGAGAAAUACACUGAAACUCUGGAAUCAAUAGAGAAAUUUUUCAUGGUGCCAUUGAAAAGGUUUCUGUCAGCAUCAGAGUUUGAUACUGUUUUCAUCAACAUUCCUGAUUUGGUGAAAAUUCACAGGAAUCUAACACAGGACAUCAAUGAUUCCAUUGUUAACAAAAAUGAUCAGAACCUAUAUCAAAUUUUUAUUAACUACAAGGAAAGAUUGGUUAUUUAUGGACAGUACUGCAGUCAAGUGGAGAUAGCGAUAUCGUGCUUAGACAACAUCUCUAAGACAAAAGAGGAUGUUAAAUUGAAGUUAGAGGAAUGUUCCAAGAGGGCCAAUAAUGGGAAAUUUACAUUGCGGGAUCUUUUAGUGGUUCCAAUGCAGAGAGUGCUAAAAUAUCACCUACUGCUCCAGGAGCUGGUAAAGCACACUACUGAUCCCAUGGAGAAGGCAAAUCUAAAACUGGCACUUGAUGCAAUGAAGGACUUGGCUCAAUAUGUAAAUGAAGUAAAGAGAGAUAAUGAAACACUCCGUGAAAUUAGACAGUUUCAGCUAUCAAUAGAGAAUUUGAAUCAUUCCCUCUUACAGUAUGGAAGACCUCAAGGUGAUGGGGAAAUAAGGAUAACUACAUUGGACAAACGUGCGAGGCAAGACAGGCAUAUCUUCUUGUUUGAUCUAGCUGUAAUUGUUUGCAAACGUAGAGGUGAUAAUUAUGAAAUGAAGGAAAUAAUAGAUCUUCAGAAAUACAAAAUUACAAAUAACCCCACUACUGAUAAAGAAAAUAAGAAGUGGUCUUAUGGCUUCUACCUCAUUCAUAUCCAAGGUCAAAAUGGUUUAGAAGUUUAUUGCAAAACUAAAGACUUGAAGAAAAAAUGGCUUGAGCAAUUUCAGAUGGCUCUGUCAAACAUACGGCCAGACUAUGCAGAUACAAGCUUUCAUGAGUUCAAAAUGCAUACCUUCAGUCGCGUGACAUCUUGCAAAGUCUGUCAGAUGCUUCUGAGGGGAACAUUUUAUCAAGGCUAUUUAUGUUCUAAGUGUGGAGUUGGAGCACACAAAGAAUGUUUAGGAAGAUUAGACAACUGUGGCAGAGCUAAUUCAGGUGAACAUGGGAACCUGAAACAUGAGAAAAGAACAAAUGGAAUUAGAAGAAACUCUAGACAUGUGGACCCAGGUUUACCAAAAAUGCAAGUAAUUCGAAACUACAAUGGAAUACCACAGCCAGCCACACAAGAUGGUCCACCAUUGCAUAUCCAGAUUGGGGACACUAUAGAACUAAUUAGAGGAGAUGCACAUAGCUUAUUUUGGCAGGGCAGAAAUCUAACAACAGGAGAGCUUGGAUUCUUCCCAAGUGAUGCAGUAAAGCCCAGCCCAUGUGUUCCUAAACCAGUAGACUACUCUUCACAACUGUGGUUUGCAGGAGCAAUGGAAAGAUUGCAAGCAGAGAGUGAACUUAUUAACAGAGUAAAUAGCACUUACCUGGUGCGGCACAGGACCAAAGAGUCAGGAGAAUAUGCAAUUAGUAUUAAGUACAAUAACGAAGUGAAACACAUCAAGAUUUUAACAAGGGAUGGCUUUUUCCACAUUGCAGAAAACAGAAAAUUUAAAAAUUUAAUGGAACUAGUAGAAUACUAUAAGCACCACUCUCUCAAAGAAGGCUUUAGAAGUUUGGAUACUACUCUUCAAUUUCCAUACAAAGAAUCUGAAAACUCAGUGGGACAAAGGAGUAACAGAACAGGUGGCAACUCCCCUUCUUUGUUCUGUGGGUUUUCUUUUGUAACUCUUCCAGACUACAGCUUUGUUCCCCCUUCCUCCACUCCUUUCUGGUCAGUGCUAAGCCCGAAGGUGAUAGGCAUUGCCAUAGCCAGGUAUGACUUCUGUGCAAGAGACAUGAGAGAGCUGUCCUUGUUGAAAGGGGAUGUUGUAAAAAUUUAUACAAAGAUGAGUGCAAAUGGCUGGUGGAGAGGUGAAGUAAAUGGAAGGGUGGGCUGGUUUCCAUCAACUUAUGUUGAAGAGGAUGAAUGAAUUAAAACCUUUCCUCUGCUGACCAGCAGUUUCAGGGAUUGUAAAAAUUUAAUAUCUUCAAAGUGUUACUGGUUUUGUUAAGUAUUUAAACAGCAGCAUUUUUGUCAGUCUGAACCUUCCAGUCUUAAUGUUGGAAUUUAUACAGAAGUUUGUGCUGACAGAUUAUUACCUUGCCCAGAGCUGUGCAAGAAACAACCUGCCAGUUUGCCAUCACUGGGGAUCAGUACAAAGACCAACCCUCACCUUCCCAGAAGAUCUCCGGAAAACAGAUUUCUUUAUGCUCCUUUUCAUUUCACCCUGUACUACACCAUGAAUACUAGCUAUGGCUGAAUAUUUAAUAAGUCUCUUUUCUUCUAGCUAACAUCUGUGAUGGUACAAGGAGAUGAAGGCUUAUUAUUCCUUAUCACUGCAUGCAGAAAACAAGAGUUCAGUCAUUCCAGUGGGCAUAAAGUACAGUCAGUAGACUUGUCUUGAAACAUCAAACUACUUCACUUUAUCACCUUACAAACAGUUUUACACUCAUAAAAACAUUCUGAAGGAAAUAUGUAGUAAACAUGAGUAGCAUUCAUGCAUAUAUAAUUAGUUAACUGACUACUUUGAGGUCCUGCCUAAAUCGUCUAACAAUUUGUUGAAAGACAACAUUUUAAAAAGGUGUAGUGACGUGGUAUUGCUUGAACAAGCAUCCACAAAAUGGAAUUGUGGGAUCCUUUCUUUGUCAGUCUUUUUGUGUGAGGUUUUUUCAUUUAAGCAGCUGACCAUAAAAGUGCAACUGAAGAGAGUCAUGGCAAGAUGAGUUUUAAAAUUUUCAGCAUUAACAUUAAAUCAAUAUUGUAGACCUAUUCUGUAGGAGAAUAUACUAAUGGAAGAUGAUGUCAGUUCUCAAGAACAAAACUGUUUAUCUUAACCGCUUGAUUGAUUCAGAUGAACUUCGAUGCUUCCAACCCUAAACUAUCUUUUCCUAGUUAAACAGGAGUUUCUAUCACCUUUUGUGCUCUUACAAAGUAACGCAAAGGGAACUUGCAGAUUUACUUUGUGCCCUUUCUUCUCUUGUUCCCUGGGAUGUUAACGGCAGUUCAAUGAGUGAGUGGUCUUGUUGCAGUGUUAUGAGCAUCCCCAAGGAAAAAAGUGCCUAGGUUAGCUAGCCUGAAACAUCAGGCCUUGUAAAGUGGUGUCCACCCCUUGGUGAGGCAGUGUUUUAAUAUAUUUAUGGAGGGUCAGAAGUGCUGUAGUUAUAAGCUAAAAUAAAUGCGGAUGGUGUCUUCAGAUGUGCAGUUUUGAAUAUUUAGAUAACAUCUAACCUGGCUUGAAAACUUCUAAGAAAGUAAGGCUCUUAAAUGCAUUUUGUUUUUAGGGUGAUGUUGACCAAUCAAGAAAGUUAAUUCAUCCUGUCCCACAUCCUCUCUUUUGCUUUUCCCUAUCCUCUUUUCACAUAGGCGUCUUGCAAUUAGUGUGCAUAGAUACAGCACAAUUUAACACUGCAGUUUUUCCCACUCUGCAAGCAACAUAAUAUCCACUGUUGGUCCACAGAGCAGAAUCUGCUGGUACAUAUUUCGGAUUCUCUUUGGCUGUCCCCAAUGUUCUUUGCUUCUUUCUGGCCUCCUCCUGGCCCUCAGGAAGGACCAAGCACAGCACAGAGGAUUCACAAUAAUCCUCUUUGUCUCUGCAACUAUCUUACCCAUCUGCUACACCUCGCAUACACUGCUGUGUGACCAGGUGAAAGAGAGGCUCUUCUAAUUAGAAAUCCUCCACUUGUGAGAUUCAGCCUUGCAGAUGAAACUCUGCUGAUGCUCUAACUUUUCAAGGAUUUACCUCAAAAUUAUGUAAACUGUGAUUGUGUUGAGUACAUUACUUGAUGGAACAAUUGAGACCAUUUGUAAAUAAUGUAGAUUAUGCAUAAAACAUUUUGUAAAUGAUGUGUACAACAGUGUAGACCAGAGUAUGCUGGUUUUGAUCUUUUUUUGCCAUGCAGUUCUAUUGUCUAUUGUGAGCUUGAUCCUAUAUUCCUUAAGUAGAUGAAGUUGAUUCUUUCACAGAUUUGCCUGCUCAAGGGGUAGAGGAAUAAGCUCUGGGCCUGUGAAAUGUUUAGUGCUUUGCUGUCAUACAGUUCUGAGAGGAGGCAAUUUAAUUCAAUAUGAGUUGAGAAAUACAUCAGUCACUUUCAGCAGCUUGGUUUUAGAAUAAUUUUGAGUAGUCUCGCCAUCCUGAAGUUGCUGUAAAGCUUUUAAGCAAUUCCUGAGUCUAGUAAUCGGCCUUUGAUAAGAAUGAAAGCCAUAGCUAAAUUUACUUUUGUGGCAUAAAUCUACAUAUCAUUGUCUAUGUUUAAUGGCCUGUAUUGAUUGAGUUAAUGCUGCAUCUUAAACUAUAUUUUGAGUACCAAAGACUUCCUAAAUAUUCUGGAGUGUCUCUUUCAUGUGCUGCUUUUGCCUGUAUGGAGGUUUUGUUGUCAUGCAAUAAUGGAGUUUCAGUACUUUAAUUUGUACUAUUUUGUAAAUAUGUUAAAUAUAAUAAACUGGUUAAUUUUUUGUUUAAGGGUAUGCGUCAAAAUGCGUAGUUGUCUAGUAUGAAGGUUGUGCUUUGUCUAACCACCUUCUCAUAGUGAGCAGAAGUUGAUAAUGUUCUGUUUUGGUUUCCCAGAUUUGUAUAAUCCUUGUUUAGCUGUAAAAUGGAGCUGUCAAUGUAAAUGGGAUAGUAUAGCUUUCCUUGAGAGCUUUUUGUUGUCGGGAUAAUUUGCCUUCUGCCACAUCCAGGAAGGUGGUGGGGGUUUUUGUUUUGUUUUUUAGCUAUGGAGAGCAUUGUGGAAUCAGUCAUAUACUAUUGAUUUUUGUCUGUCAGAGAUUAUACUUGUAGUUUUUUGAUUGAAAAGCAGUUGUUCUUGAAAAGUUUUCUUUUAUGUGUCAUGUUUCAUAGCAAUGUUCUUUCUCUUCCACCUUCUGCUUUCUCCCUCUGUCAUAUGUGAAUUAACAUGCAAAUUCAAGUUGAAUUGAGCUCAAAUCUGAAAAUAUAGUCUGUGUCUAAUUUCAUGGGCUACUUGAUAAUCUUUUCAUGGUGUAACCCGUUCAUGCAUUUUUUACGAUAUAACAUUCAUUAUUAAUAUGUUUAUAAAAAUAUUUCUGAACAGGUGAAUUAAUUCAGGAAGGUCAGUGAUGAUGUGAUUGCAGUGUUGUUUCAUUCUGUCCCUUCUAUUUUUCAGUAGCAGAGAUUUUCUUGUGGAACUGCCCUUCUAACAGAUAAUUAUUAAACUUAAUGAGGCAUUUACACAUCUCUACAGAUGUAAGGCAUAAUUUUCCUGUCACCCAUGAACAUAUCGCAUAACUAAGAGUCACACCUAACGCGAGAUGCAAAAAUGUUUCUCAAUUAAAUUCUCUUGUUAACAAUAUCACACUCAGUCACAGACAUUCUCCCUCCCCUUAUAUGCGAGAAGAGAUGUGUGUCCUCUGAUGGGUGAGAAAUUGAGAAAGCACUGUAAUUAGGGCAUAAGAACCACUUGUGACUGUGUUCUGAAUAAUUUUUUUCAGUUGUAAGGCUUGGAAGCUUAUUUGAAAAUCUCAGCUUGAAAAAAAAAAAAAUCUAACUUGAACAAUGAAAAUUAUGCCGACCAGGAUACCUUUUUCCUUUGCCUCACAGGCAAGCUCUAGGUGCUCUAUGAAGGAGAAGAAAAGGUCGUUUCUCAAGGUUUUAGCAGUUCAUAAAGGUGAGAGAGAGGUGCUGUCUAGAAAAAAGUGGGGCUUGUUUAUACAAAAUACCCCGCCUCAGACCUAGGUUUUGAUCUGUUGACUUCGAUGUUCAGUGCAAAAAUGUUUGUUUCUAUUUCACAAUCAAUAUUGCCAACACUUUGGAAAAAGAGCUGUAAUGGCAGAUAUAAUUUAUGCACUAGCACUGUCAUACAGUUUCACCAACUGUAUUGACACUACAGUAAAUUAACUCUUAUCUCUUUGCUACAAACUGGGCUGCUGAGAGCCUUACAUUACUAUUUUACCUGAAAUUCAACUUCUGUUCAGAGACCACUGCUUAUUCCAUUUAGGCAACAGAGGAAGCGCUCCCGCCUCUCCAUUUUAUUGCUGAGCAUGACAUUAUAUGAUAUGGAGUAUCUCUUUGGUUAGUUUGAGUCAUCUACCUGGUUGUGUCCCCUCCCAGCCUCUGUUCGCUUGGGAGGAUGGCACAGAGUAAGAAACAGAGAAGGCCUUGAUGCUGUGCAACACUGUUAGCAAUAGCUGAAACAUCAAUGUGUUGUUAGCGCUGUUUUUGUUGCAGAUCUAAAACACAGCACUGUAAGAGCUGGUAUGAAGAAAGUUAAUGCCAUCUUGGCCAAACCCAGUACAGCAGGCAUAAAGUUAAAAUGACAGGUAGAGAUGCUGUGUAUAUGUGUAAUGCACGGUGCUUUAGCAAGCCACAGUAGUAUCUGUUCUCAUCAAAUUCAGGUAGGGUCAUUACUGGCAUACAACUUUGAAUCUUGGAAUGUAUUCAUUUAAGAAGUGAAUACAUUCCCUAGCCUUUCUUGCAAUGUGCCAUGGAAUUUUAGCUCUUACCUAGAUGUCCACUAUAUGGAGGAAGGGUAGUUUUGAGUAAUUUAACUUCAUAAAGCUGUGAGAUGAUAUGUUAAUAAUACCCACUUUUUCACAAAAUGCUACAAUGUAUGAUGCAUGUAUAAGUAGCUAAGAGAAAUAUAGAAAGGAUUAAGAAUCAGAAAUUGACUGCAGAAGGGUGAUUCAUUGCAUUAUCUUAGCAACUUCUUUUCAAGAACAAAGAGCCGUUUGUUUUUAUAGCAAAUGAGAUUUGGGUUUCUAAUUUAGUUUUAUAAUUCCUGAUCUGCUGCAGUGUAUUCUGCUCAUUCAUUAUAAUGAUCUCUGCUGCUUACAUGACUGUGAAGUUAGAUUUUAUUUAAUAAGCCUCCUGAAAUGUUUGAGUUAUUGGUGACUUUUUCUAGGUUACAGUUUCUUACCUGGUAACGUGCUUUUCAGAAGAUAUGUGAGUUCAUUUUAAAAUGUUGCAAUCUGACCUUAAGUAAACUUAGAGUUACAACAAGUGGCAGGUUCGGAGGUGGCUGUUUGCUAAGGGGCGUGAGGCUGGUUUGCUUCUUUCAGAACUGUUUUUUCAUAUUAAUAGUGUAAUAUAUGGCUUUAGGAAUAGCAGAAAUAGAGAAGAUCGGAGAAUAAGAAGUAAAAAGUUGAUACUUUACCAUAUGUGUUAGAAACAACCUGGUGUGUGAUAACUUUUCUAAAUGAUUGCCCAAAAUAUUAAAUGUCUAUUGAUAGCAUUGGAUUAGAAACAGAAAUUCUUGAAUGCUUCUGUAUGGGAAGACUUUGCUAAUGUGGUAGAGGGAUCAAGGACCCUUGGACUUGGUCUCAGUCUUAACCAGAUAACUCUAUAAAUCUGUCUUCAAUGAGUCGUAUUUUUUCCCAAAGCAAUUAAAAGGUUUCCUCAAGCAGAUGCAAUGUUGUUCCUAGGAUUAUAAUUCUUAUGCAUGUGUAAAGCUAAUGGAAAUAUGUAUAAUUGAAGGAGCUGUUUUCUCUUGUAGUUUUACAAUUGGUGUCCCUGUAGCUUCUAAGCUAUUAAUAAUGUAGAAUGUGCCAGGAGACCGCUACCCUACUAAGUUACUGGGUGAUGUACAAACACCUUUCCUACCUCGUCUCCCAGAUAAUUUGUUUUUUGAAUCCUGAGUUUGUUUUCCCUUCCCCUUCCUGUCAAGUGCUAUUUAAAGUUGAUAUCUCAGAAAGGCCAGUUAGUUAAAUACAGUGUGAACACAGUGGCUUGGGAGCUUAUUCUCCUUUGCUUCCCUACUGCCUAAGAUAGUCUCAGAAUGGCUGUGAGGAUGGUGUAGAAGACUUCUUGUUUUAAUCUGAGAGGGGAGCGCUUACCUCAGAGGAAUUUGUAGGCCAGUUUUAUUCUCUCGAUUUGAUGUAUCUCUGAAUAUAGCUUCAUGAAACUUGGACUGCCUUGUGUUUGUGAUGGAUGAAAGAAUAAAUUCUCUGGAACUGUG